CUUAACAGAGAAUGAGGAGACAAGGGAGGCAACCCAUAUCUGCAUUUUCUUUCUCACGUCUCAUCACAGAAACAUCUGCAUGUUCUCUGGAGGGACCUCUUUAAUUACCUACUUAUCCUGCAUUUAAUGCUCUUGUUUUCUUAAUUUUCGACAACCCUGCUUCAAAUAUAUAUAUUACUACUUCCCCUCCUGAAAACAGGAAAAAUCGCCUACAGUUAUCCAUCUCUAACCAUCAGCCUACACUUAUCCUUUUUCUCGUCAUGUCUUUCGUGUCUUCUCUUCUUCCUUUUCUCAUAAUAUGCUUCACUGUGCAUGCAUGUAAAGCCCGCCAUUUCCAAGUCGUCGAUAAAGAAUCGGACGCACAAGAUCAUCUUUCUGGCAAGGAAAUAGAGAAAAUGGAACCCAAUAAGACUUCAUCAUCAGUUCCAUCAGAUCAAUUAUCGAAGCAUUCCCUGUCAAAUAAGGAUCUUCGAGCAGGACAACAAGUGAAAGUUCCAGAAAACAAAAGCCAUCAUAGUGGGGGUGGUGCAAGCUGUAGUAGUUAUCAAAGGCGGCCAAAGCAGGAUCCAGAUCAUCAAGCUCUUAUUAACAAUGUUAAUGGAAAACCAGGAAAGGCUUCAGGUGGUGCGCGGAACAACUCUCUUGUUUCGGUUUCAUGGCGUGUUCCUCAUCAUUAUCAGAAACAUGGAAAGCAUCCUGGAUUUGACAUAGACUAUACUCCACCCAAGACACGCCCUCCCUCUCACAACUGA